GUUCUAAUUGGUUGUGUAAAGAAAGUGGUACCAGGGUCUUCUGCCAAACCAACUGAAAAACAUGACUGCUAUUUGUCAAAUCGUGCACCCAGAAAAGAUAGUCACAUCUACAAACAACUUGCCCGUUCUUUAGUGUAUUUCUAUGAAUAUGAUAAUGAGUCCCUUCUCAAGAAGAUGCCUAGCAGUUGCUUGCCAUAUGCUGUCGUCAACUUUAGAAGUAACAAGAAAUAUUUUAAACAUGACUCGCCAACUGAAAAACCAGUAGUUGUAAGUAGCAAACCUGAACAAUUGAAAAACAAGUCAGGAAAAUCGUCAAAUAACAAUGAAGAAAAGGAAGACGUAAUAUUCAUUGACACUACAUUGCAGACACAAGAAAGUUAUAACCCUAAAAAAAUGAUUGAUGGUGAUGAGCAUUUUCUCCAGAACACUGAAAAGAGGUGUGUUGCUCCAUUAACAAUGGCACAGCAGGAAAACAGUACAUCAACAAAUGUUGACAUAUCUGAGCAGUUAAGAAGAUAUCGAAAAUCAAAUGAAAAAGAAAAGGAUGGCAAAAUAUCCAUUGGCACAACAUUGCAGCUACACAGAAGAUGUGAUAAUCAUAAGAAAUAUAUUGAUGUUGAUGACAUUCUGUUCAGAAGACUGAAAAAAGGAAUAUUGUAUCAUCUUCGGGGAAGCAGCAAAACAGUAGUAAAUCAACAAAUAUAAGCAUGCCUGUUGAACUGAAAAGAAAAUCGACAAAUAAUAAUGAAGAAAAGUUAGUUGAAAUUUCUGUUGGUGCCACAUCACAGCCAUACAUUAGUGAUUUCAACAAUGGGGAAAAGAUUGAUGAGCAUGCUCUCCACUGUCGAAAAGAAGUAUGAUGCACGAUCAUCAACAAAGCAGUAUAACAGUACAUCAGUUCUUGAGAGUAGUGUCAGUCGUGAGAAAAAACAGACGCUAGAAACCUCUCUUAUUUCAGGAUCACAACUGCAUAAGAAAGACGAUGAUUGUGAUAAAAGCAAUAUUACAAAAGGAAUUCUGAAAAAUAACCAUGGCAAGAUGCAUAUUUCAUCAUCGGCAAAACAUCAAAAUAAUGGCGCAUCUUCAAAAGAUUGUGUUCCUGAUGGUAGUGUGAUAAAAAAGAAAAGGUCCCAUCCACACAUGGAUUCAGAUAUCGUAGAGAAAUCAAUUAAUAGUGAAAAGUGUGUAAAUGUACAAAAAAAGCAUUCUACCCAGCAUAUUCUGUUGUCAAAACCUACAACUGUCGUGCCAAAUAGUAGGGCUGAACUAAUGGGAAUUCUUGUCUCUGAUGCAUCUAAACAUUUCAGUGAAGUUACUCUUAAGAAGGUAAAAAAGAGACUUCCAUCGAAGCAUGUUCAUUCAGUGGCAAAGCAACAUUGUGGUCUUUCUCCUACGCUGAGCAGUGACUGCGUUUCUGCUAUGUUGAAAAGAAAAGAAGAAACAAACCCCAUUUGUGGAGUUUCACAAUUACAUGAGCAUAAAGAUUAUGCUAACACAGCAAUUACAGAUGAUAAAUGUACCCAUGAGCAGAUUGUUGAGCAAAAGCAUCCACCCAAUCAUAUUACUUCAGAAAACGAAAUCGCUGGUGUGUUACCAAAUAUGCAAUGUAGUUACUGUGUUCCUGAUGCCAAUGAACAGAAAACUGAAUCGUCUAUUUCUACGUAUCUAUCACUACAGGAUGUUAAUAAUGAAAGAAAACAAUCCAAACAUUCUACAAUAUCGGAUCAGCCAUAUAGCAGUGUUUCUGAAGAUAUAGAAAAAGAAAUGGUUGGUUUACCUAUUCACACACACUCACUAAAAACUCACAAUAGCAAGUGUAGUUUGGGUGCAGAGGAAGGACAGGCCCUUUAAACUUUCUGCAAGACAGAAACGACCUAGCAUUGAACCACAAGAUAAGGGAAGCAAAAAGAGAAAAUCUUGUGAAGGAGAACAAUUAACCAAACUUUCAAAAGGACCCCAACGUUGCAAGCUUGGUGCUUUAAAAACAACCAAAUAUUUAAAUAGUGUGUACCAUCAUGAGGAAGUUGGUGAACAGCAUACUGAGUCUGUGAUCUCUCAAUCCUUGGAGAAAAUAUAUCAGUUAAAAUUGACCAAAUCUUCUGAUGUAAACCACCCUAUGAAUGCAGAUAAAUUUGUUUCCUCCAAAUUGCAAUCAGAUUUACCUUGUGAUAUAAGCACAAGCGAGACAUCAAUCUCUUGUUUUGAAGUUGGUAAC